AUGCCUGAGAAUCACCAAGAACCCACUUCCAACCCAAAGAAGUCCUCCGACACUCUACUUGCAGGAACAUCAACCAACGGAUCCAUUCACUCCCGUAUUCAACAUCGCGGGGGAGGAAGCGAGCCAUAUUCUUCGCCGCUAUCACCACAACACUCGGCCGCUACUUCGGACACAACUCCAGGUCGAGUCAAGACAAGUCCCCCGGCUAAUAAGUCCAUCGACGGCUACCUUGAGUGGCGCAAAGCCUUAUUCAUAAGCAUCUUUAUGGCGAAAUUCGAAGAACAACUUGACAAGACCAUCUGCACUCUUGAAGAGGCAAACGACUACGAGGGACAGGGCCAGAGCGACUCCAACUCAUCGGGGGCUAGAGGGGUCAAGAGGUAUGCAAGCUCUAUUAAGUUGAAUCCGGGGGCGAAGAGACAGCAUCGUGAAGACGGCGAAGAGCCAGAUCAAUCGGACAACGAGGACGAUGAUGCACACAAUCACGCUCAGAAGAAACGUACCAAGACGGGCGACGGACGAAAGUUCGCUUGCCCAUUCUUCAAGUUUGACCAGGAAAGAUACCAGUCCCAGCGCACUUGCUGCGGACCUGGUUGGGAUGAGAUCCAUCGCCUCAAGGAACAUCUCUACCGCAAUCAUCUUCUCAUCACUUGCACUCGAUGCUUUGGGCACUUCAAGUCUGAGAAGCUUCUCCAAAAGCACCAAAGAACAAAGGACGAAUGCGUCUGGCAGGAGGAAAGCUCCUGCAUCAUAGACGCGGGCGCGGGGAUAGACUCUGUAAAGGAAAAGCAGCUCAGGGCCAGGAGCAAAGAAGAAGAUGACGUCGACAAGUGGUAUGAGGUGUACCACAUCCUCUUCCCUUGCAAGAUCGCUGCCGAGGACCUUCCGACCCCUUGGUACGACGCCCCGAAUGGCAAAAGUGGACUUUCGAACGAUGACGACCUGAGGCGCAAGUAUGUGUAUUUCCUGCGACGUGAGAUCCCGAAGAUGAUUCGGCAGCAGCUUGUGGCCGACGUCGAAAAGGAGUUUCAGGAUCUCGGUGCCACGAUUCAGGGUCGUCUGUCGUCGUGGAUAGCGACAUCUGCUGAAAAAUGCAAGAGUGUCUUCCAGUCCAUCCCGACACCCACUGAGGCGGCGGCGCUGCCGAAUCCUGACACGAGGGCCAACUCUCGUGCGGCCUCGCCGGCGGUCGACGUUGGUUCUUCCUUUCUGGAGAACUUUGAGUCGUGGCCUUAUGAGUUUCCAGUCUUCAACUUCAACUUCGACUCGGAGAUGCUCAGGUUCCCAAAUUUGGAAUGUCCUCCAUUGGACGACUCAGCUUACGGCACGGGGAGCUACGGACCCGACGGCUCCUCGGAGACCUGGAAUAUUGAGCCAGCGGCUCAUUGA